CCGGAGUCAGAAUGCCGCUAGAUAGAUCGCUGGUAAGAUCGUAGUAUGUUUUGGUCGCUUGUUGUUCUAAUGUGUCUGCCUCGAAAACUCCACUCGUCAGCAAUGAGGAAGAAAAGUUAGAAUUAUCUGAUUGAACGCAAGAUCCCACAGUUCCAUGACGUGUGGCUCUUGGAGAAAGGUACAUGUUUGCCAAAAGAACAUCAUGUAUGACGCGUUGUUGGUGUAUUUCCUCCUUUGUCCUGUGGGGGCGGGAGACGCGUUUACACUUCCGGAAUUGCACAACACGAAGAAGAAACCUACUGUUUUUGUUUUUAGAAAACUAUAUGGUGUACACGUGUUUAGUCGUGACUAUAUAAAGGGUCAUAAAUGCAUCGAUUACACCGCCUGGGACAUUGAUCGUAUCCCAUGGUACUCCGCAGACAUGAUUUCGAUGGACGCUCUUGAGCGGAAACGUUAACUUUAGCAUGAAGAGAGUGUUCAUUGGGCAUUAGCAGCUCAACUCUAUAAAAUCCUCAAAAUCCUCAGGGAUUAUCUAAUUUUACAAACAUAACGCUUUUCCUCAUGAGGUCUAGCUUGAAGUUAAAAACGUCAGGUUUAAUCUCCAGAAAUGGUACAGGGGGGCGUGCAGUCAAAUACUAUGUUACUUUCUGAUCAUUAAAGGGGUCAUAUUAAGUAUUUUAGCUUCUUUCCCUCACCGGGUGGGUGAUAUAGGGUUCCUAUCUAUGUAUAAAGUCCGCUAAGUUAAAGUGCGUAUUGGAAGUUAAUUUUUUUUAAAAUAUUUAUACGUAACAUUCUCUGAAAAUUGCCCUUUGAAAUUAAAAUGCAGGAUUUUAUCAGUUUAAAAAAGUAUAUCGGCAAAAAUUCCAGUUUUAAAGUGACUAUUUUUUUAUGUGAUACGUCAAACGCGUCAUAUUACGUAGGAAUUGGUAGACGCAGUCGCUGUUGCUGCCUCAGCUCUAUGUGUAGUUGUGAGUAGUUACCGCGGUGAGCGGUCUUGUAUUCCCCCCACUGUGGUUUUUGGGUUUUUCUAAUCGACGAGAUGAGGCUUUGUAUCUGUGGGGGUUGUUCCAACUCCGACCUCCUGUCCGACCAUCUCCGAUUUCACAGUUUCCCCGAUCGGAGAAAGGAUGGAGCAGGCUUUCGAGCCUGGGUGCAUUUUGUACAGGUGAAGAGAAAGGACAUUUUUUUCGCCUCUGUCACCAAAUACACGUUCAUUUGCGCGGCUCACUUUAGACCAGAGGACUAUGUUUCCGGGGACAUGAUGGAGUUCAAGAUGGGUUUUCGGAGCGAGAAACGAGUGAGGCUGAAAGCCGGUGUGGUUCCCUCAAUUCAUGCUGCUCCAGCCUCAGCUUCGGGCUCAGCCACCGGCGGCAGUGAAGAUCACGGACCGGUCAGAGAUUCAACGAUUCGGAAACGUAAACGGUGCACUUCACGACCGGACGCAGUUACCGGACACCACACCAUUCAAGCCCGUUUCCACGAUGCAGGAUGCCAAACUGACCCCCCACACACCGUCUCCGUGGGUACACAGACGUGGGUUUCUCCACACGGGGUCUCGGAUGGGACACAGCCUUACAGAGAGGCAACGGUGGCUUGUCCCAGAGUGGGCCCUGAAACCAUGUCCGGUUUCCGAGAUCUCACACUGUCUCCCACCCCUAUAGGAGCCCCAGGUUUCAGUCCGAGCAAUAGACUUUGUAUGGAGAUGGAAGUGGAAGUCCCUAUAACAGAGUUCAAAGUGGAGCCCCUUGACUCAUCAUCUAACCCCGGCAACUCUGUUGUGAAAGAGGAGCCAGACAGUUUGUUUGGACUAAGGGCUUCGCAUGACAAUGCAAAAUACAUAGUAUUCGAAGGCUGCCUCAGAGAGCUGUUCGACAGCUGCCCGGUGUGCAGGGGACAGUGUGAGGUCCAGCGGCGACGCCAUGGGACCUACGUGGCAUUCAGUCAGCAUUGCAGACACUGUCGUUACUCAAGAGGGUGGCAGAGCCAGCCCAUUGUUGGAAGCACCCCCCUCGGCGACCUUCAGCUUUCAGCUGCCACAUAUCUUACUGGUGCAUCCUUCUUCAAACUGGCCAGGAUCUUCAAGGCCAUGCAGCUUCAGACCUUCAACCAGGACACCUUCAGGAGACACACUCAGUGUUUCCUGGAGCCGGCUGUUGUCCACAAAUGGAAAAAGGAACAGCAGAUUCUGCUUCAGAAGCUACACCACCAGGGAAAGGUUACAGUCUGUGGAGGUAUGCGAGAAGACUCUCCAGGGCACAAUACAAAGUUCAGCACCUAUAGUCUUAUGCACAUGGAGAGCAACACCAUAAUAGACGUUCAGCUGGUCAAGAGCAAUGAAGUAGGCGGUAAUGACCACAUGGAGAUGGAGGGAAUGAAACAAAGCCUUGACCUUCUGGAGCAGAACGGUUUAGAGGUGGACUACAUGGUAACUGAGCGUCAGCCACAGAUUCUGAAUCAUCUGAUGGAACGCAAGAUCCCACAGUUGCAUGACGUGUGGGUCUUGGAGAAAGUGGAUAAGAUACUCCACAACGAAGCGGUCUUCUGUGAUGUGGUGCAGAUGAGUCAGCACAACCAGACCUCCUUCCUGGAGGCCUUCCACAGCCUCAUCCAGAGUUUCGCACCCCAGAAGGUGGAUCUCCCUUUCAUGGGACUGUUGUGCAGGUUGUACUUGGCGAUCAUGCACUACAAUGAAAAUGCGGAGCGCAAGCAAGCUGGAACACAUCCCGGUCCAGCUGUCAUCAAAACAGACCCCACUUACAACUAUGUGGAUGCACUGCUCAAGCUUGUCUUUGAGGAGGUGGUUGAGAAUCCAACACCAUUUGUUGACGAGUUGAAGUCCAUCCCCGUCCCUGACCACGCAUAGGCCCAGUACGCGGAGGACGACGUGGGACCAAUUUUGGUAAUACAAUGCUGUCGACCAAUUGGGGGCUGUGCAGCACCAGCUGACCUGCACUGCCAUGUUGAUGCCAACUCCAACGGGGCCUACAUGGCGAUAGGCCACUUGCAGAAUCCCCUAAAGAACAGUGUUUGACUGCUUUUAGACUUUACAGAUUUGUACUGGCCUUGUAUUGUUGAAUUUGUUUUCAGAUUGCAUACUACUACCAGUGAGCUCUGGAUCAUCCAGACACCUGCUAGGAACUGGUCUGAGUUUAUAUCAGUUUUCUUCAAAUAAAACAAAUUCUCAAAAAGC